AUGAAUCUGUUUCGUACGUGUUCUUUAGCGACUCGUUUUAGUCGUUCAUUGUUACUUCCGGUCGUUCGUCAAUCACAUUUAAAAGCACCAGGAGAACAAUUACCCGAAUGGGUUCAACCAAAAGAUGAACUUAUUGAAACUAAACGUCGUCGUCUUCUUUAUCAAAGUCGAAAACGUGGUAUGCUAGAAAAUGAUCUUUUACUUAGCAAUUUUGCCUCGAUUUAUUUAUCGAAAAUGAAUCCGAAUGAUCUUGAUUUAUAUGAUAAAUUAAUAAAUACGCCGUCAAAUGAUUGGGAUUUAUAUUAUAUGGCUAUAGGAAAAAUCGACACUCCAGAUGAAUAUCAAAAUCAUGUUAUGGAUUUACUUAAAGCUUUUGCUAAAAACGAACAGAGACAAAAACGUAUACGACAACCCGAUGUAGUGCCUGUUUAA